AAUUAGAAUUCAUCUCAGAAAUUGAUCAACUAAACCAUGGCUUUUCUUUUUAAAAAAAUGCUCUGUUAAUAAUAAUUCCCCGAGGCUUUGCUGAACUCGGUCUGUCUGGAGUUUUGGAGGCACACAGCCCCCACUGUACCACAGUAUGGACUUUCUUGUCAAGACUUGUACACAGCCAGUAUUAGGCUAGCAAUGGCCCGUUAACUAGUCUGUUUCGCUGAAAUACUCCUGCGCCUGAGUGAAAGAAACCCAGAGUGCUUUUAACCGGCGUAAAGGGACGUGGAUCCAACCGGAGCGGGAGAGAGGGCAGCUUGAAGGAAGAUGUUUCAGACUGUUCCGGACACCUCGUCUUACGUAAAGGAAGCCCUGUCGGUUGUGAGUGACGAUCAGUCCCUGUUUGACACCUCGUACGUGGCUGCACAUCUCCCCAAAGCGGAUAUGACGGCUUCAGCUGCAGCCGACUAUGGACAAACGCACAAAAUCAAUCCCUUGCCUCAACAAGAAUGGAUCAACCAGCCCGUCAGGGUUCAUAUCAAGAGGGAAUACGACCAUAUUAACGGGUCCAGGGACUCACCUGUAGACUGCAGCGUGGCCAAGUGCAAUAAGCUGGUCAGUGGCACCGACACCAACCCCAUGAGUUACGGCAACUACAUGGACGAGAAGAACGGGCCACCGCCGCCUAACAUGACCACCAACGAGCGGAGAGUGAUCGUGCCGGCAGAUCCGACUCUUUGGAGCCAGGAACACGUCAGACAGUGGCUGGAGUGGGCCAUCAAGGAAUACGGGCUUUUGGAGAUCGACACGGCCCUCUUUCACAACACGGACGGCAAGGAGCUCUGUAAAAUGAACAAGGAAGACUUUCUCCGCCUGACCUCCCUCUACAAUGCUGAAGUCCUGCUCUCACACCUAAAUUACCUCAGGGAAAGUAGCUCUCCAUUAAGCUAUUCCACGUCAUCUCACACUGACCAAUCAGCACGUCUCCCAGGCAAAGAAGAUGCAUCAUAUGACACUGGCAGGAGAUCUGGAUGGGGCAAUAAUAUGAACAAUGUGACAAAAACUUCUCCUGGAGCAACGCAAAGUGUGAAUAAAAGCUCAGAACAACCUCGACCCCAACCAGAUCCAUAUCAAAUUCUAGGACCCACCAGCAGCCGGUUAGCCAAUCCAGGAAGUGGACAAAUACAACUUUGGCAGUUCCUCCUCGAGUUGUUGUCUGACAGUUCCAAUGCCAACUGCAUCACUUGGGAGGGAACCAAUGGCGAGUUUAAAAUGACAGAUCCAGAUGAAGUGGCGCGGCGCUGGGGAGAGAGGAAAAGCAAACCGAACAUGAACUAUGACAAGCUGAGCAGAGCUCUGCGCUAUUAUUACGACAAAAACAUCAUGACCAAGGUUCAUGGCAAACGUUAUGCAUACAAAUUUGACUUCCAUGGCAUUGCACAGGCUCUCCAACCACAUCCAACAGAGUCUUCUAUGUAUAAGUAUCCUUCAGACCUAUCCUACAUGUCCGCUUACCAUGCACAUCCACAGAAGAUGAACUUUGUAUCCCCUCAUCCCACCUCUAUGCCAGUGACGUCUUCUAGCUUCUUUGGAGCAACCUCACCAUACUGGAGUUCUCCUACGGCGGGCAUUUACCCCAAUCCAAAUGUGCCCCGUCAUCCUAACACACAUGUUCCCUCUCACUUGGGCAGCUAUUACUAGCAUUAACCUUUAUUUCUCCUUGCUUGCGAACUUAAGUGAAUCCAUACCCAAUAUUGGAACUCUUGGGAUCAUGGAAUUUCAUUUGGCCUUGGAACAUUAAUAUGUGCCAGAACUGUUACUAAACUGGAUUUAUGUCCAUUCCUGAAUCAUUAGCUAGCUAUGGACAUUUUGCCACCUCUAAAGUCUCCAAUCAGUAAUCUGUUGUCUCAAAGUGAACAUUGACCAAGUGUACACAUUGUAAUAGUUUUGUACAUCAGCAGAUUUGUAACCAUUUUGACCAACUAUCAAUGAUCUUCCAUGAAGCAAGAGCAAAUAUUAGACAUUUGCAACAAUUAAGAGCUUGUAACUAAUUAUUGACAUUUGCCAGUUACAGAUGUUGUUCCUUUGAUCAUCAUUUAGCAACACUGGAUUACUAAGCAGUCCUACAAUGUAUCCACAGAGUAAAAUGACUGUGGAUCUGCCAACAAAUUUCCAGUUGGAAGACCAGUUGUGGGCAUUUGACUAGUUUCAGGACUACUGGAACUGAACUUUCUCCCAGCUUCUAUUUUACUGAUGAUGCUUUUUUCCAGAAAGGACAUCUGUUGAACAGGGAUGUCUCCUCAAUGAAAUGAACUGAAAGAAAGGGCACAUCUGUUGGAACAUCUAACCUGACAAACAGUGUUAACAAGUGAAGAACAUUGCUACAAAGAGCUGUGUUUUGUCCUUAGGAAUACUAAAGAAAAUUUGAUUACACAGGAUACGCGAACGCUGUGCGUUUGUAAGAAUUCAAUGUUGGAUCAACCACGCAUCCUCGUAUAAAGCAAGUUACUGUAUAAAUUAUGCAGAAAAUGACAAAUCCUUUAAGUUACAGUAUUACACGAGUUGACCUCGGUCACAGAUGCAGUUUUACUAUCAAAUCCAUUUUGACAAAAUAUAGUCAUUUUGUAGCCUGUAGACCUUCUAUCUGUACAUUUGGCUCUGCCUUUUUACUGAGUAAAGGGACACAUAGGGUAGUAAUUGUUGAGAAAACUUUAUUCCUAUAAAGUGUUACUAAUGACAAAAGCACUGAUACAGCUAUUUUCUAUAAGAUGCAAAUGGCUGGAAGCAAUUUAUUCCCUAGUUCUUAGAGCUUUUGGACUUUUAAAAUAUAGCAUUAUUAAAUAAUCACCGACGCGAUUUUCCCAUUAAAAUGGGACAUCGUCUACUAUAUAUGCAAAUAGUUCUUGAUGAUGAUUAUGUAACUUUACAAUUAAUCCCUUGCAGCAUAUUAAGUAUUAAACCAAAACACUUAUACAAGGGCUACUUCUGACUUAAAAUUAACUGCCAUGAACUAUUUCCUCAGACAGAUGUUUCUGUUAUUACAUGCAUGCAUUUUUACAUGAAAAAGAACUGUGUACUAUUGAAGAAAUGGCAUGUGUAACAGUUUCUUACACUAUGUAAAAUGUUUAAUAAACAGUGGCAAUAGGGAGUGCCUUAACAAAUCCCUCUCA